AUGAGUUCAGGAGAAUUUAUUGAUUACUAUGAAAUACUUGGCGUGAAUUAUAAUAGUACGGAAAUAGAGAUUAAUAAAGCCUAUCGUAAAAAAGCAAUUACUUAUCAUCCUGAUAAAAAUUUAAAUAAUGUUGAAACUGCAACAAAGACUUUUCACACAAUCACAAAGGCUUACAAUAUAUUAACAGAUCCAAAACAGAAAUUAGAAUAUGAUCUUAAAUUUAAAGCCAGGAUUGCUACAAAGAAAAGAUUUGAAUCAUUAGAUGGUAAAAGAAAAGCAAUGAGAGAAGAAUUGGAAGAGGCGGAAAAGUCAGCUAAACAACAAAAACUUGAUAUAAAAAAAGAACAAGAAGAAAGAAUGAAAAGAUUUUGGGAAAAAGAAGAUCGAUUAAGUAAAAAAAGGGAUGACGAUUUGUCAUCAACCAAUAUUAAAAUUCCAAAUAAUUUAUCAUCAUCAUCUUCAAAUAUCAAUAUUAAAAAACAAACAAUUGAAAAUAAGUCUAAAACAAUAAGAGCUUUAAAAUGA